AUGGCAGAGACUGAGGCUAGUAGGAACUGUACAAAUCCGGACGACUGUGUGAGCAACGCGAACUGCACAGAUGACACUUGUCUCUACGAAGCAGGAUAUCAGGACCAGAAUGAAUUACAUAGCCUACCUCUUCUCGGAAAAGAAUGCGACUCUGUUGUCGGCUGCGACGGAAAUAACACUGAAUGUUCGGAGGGAAGAUGCAAUUCCACGACUGAAUUCCAGGACAGUGAUGGCGUCUUCAAGGCAGAAGCUGUUAGGAACUGCACAAAUGUGGAAGACUGUGUGAGCAACGCGAACUGCACGGAUGACACUUGCCAACACAUUACAGGAUAUCAAGAGAAGAAUAAACCAUCUAUGCUGCCUUACCUUGGAGAAGACUGCGACUCUGCUGUCGGCUGCGAUGCAAGGAACACUGAAUGUUUGCAGGGAAAAUGCAAAUGCAAGACUGAAUUCCUGGAAAGUGGUGGGGUCUGCAAGGGUAAGGCUGGUACCACCUGCACAAAUGUGGAAGACUGUGUGAGCAACGCGAGCUGCAAAGGUGAUACUUGCCAAUGCAAUGAAGGAUAUGAAGAACAGAAUAAAUUAUGCAGGCUCCCUCACCUUGGAGACAAGUGCUUUUCUGCAGUCGGCUGUGAUGGAAAUAGCACUGAAUGUUCCGAGGGAAAAUGCAAGUGCACGACUGCAUUCGUGGAAAGUGAUGGCUUCUGCAGGCUGCCUCGCCUCGGACAAGAGUGCGACUCUGCUGUCGGCUGUGAUGCAUAUAACACUAAGUGUUCGAAGGGAAGAUGCGAAUGCAAGACUGAAUUCGUGGAAAACGAUGGCAUCUGCAUUAAGUCUUACCCUGGACUGGGAGAGAAAUGCAUCCCAGACAUUGUCAAGUGCGUCACGCACCAUGCCCAGUGUGUCCCCGCAUUACCAGAGAGCCUUUGUGCCAAUCGAACGAAAACUUUCACAUCCCUCCUCAGGACAAUAAGUCACUCGUCUCUUGAUUUGUCGGAGAAACUUCUCACGGGCUUUGAUGAGGAACUUGAGUUUGUAGCAGCACAAUCAACAUUUUUGAUUGAAAUUCAUGGACAGAAGAAGGGAGCUCGGUCAAAUCCACUCAUCUUCCCCAGCACGGAAAGCAAGACGUAUUUGAAGCUUCCCGGAACAUCUGAAGGUGAUUCGGAUGGCAACCAUUACUCCUAUGUUGGAGUUUUGUAUGCCGUUCAGUACUUGGAGCAACUGCUGCCUGGUCAUCAAAACGUGUUGAGAGAGCAGAAGACCCUGAAUUCUAAACUUCUCAGCUUCACUUGGAAAGGGGAGCCAACUUUGCAACUGACGAAUCCCGUUACUCUCGUCAUGGAAAACUUGCAUCACAUUCAAGACCCUCCGUAUCGUGACAUUUGGAGGGACCUACACGAAGGGGAAGAGCCAACAUUCGUACCCCGGAGCCACCGAUGCAGUUUCUGGAACUUCAGCGAACAGGGUUAUUGGGACACUACAGGCUGCCGCGAGGUGUCAUCUGACAGGAAACAAACUGUGUGUGAAUGCAGCCAUUUCACCGAUUUUGGGAUUCUCAUGGACUCCCAUCAAUAUGUAGGACGCAGUGUCGCACUGGAAAUAUUUCUCAUUUUCAUUUCGAGCCUCUCCAUGAUCGGACUCGUAUUUUCCCUGGUCGUUUUCCAUAUGAAUAGAAAUGAAAACUCAACAUUGGUGAACCCUAGUCAGCAGUUGUGCCUCUGCCUCUUGUUGGGCCAGAUAUGUCUAUUCCUGCUCAUUGACCGUUACAUCUUCAAUCUUUCCGAGGUCGGUUGCGCCAUCACUGGAAUGUUCAUGCACUUGAUAUUUCUCUGCAUCUACAUGUGGCUGGCCUUGGAGUGCCUCUCCAUCUAUCGGAAACUGGUCGGCAAGCCUAAGCGUUUCAGACUUUCCACGCGGGCGCAUUUUAUCGUCGGAUAUGGUGUUCCCUUUGGGAUCGUCUGCAUCACGGCUUUAGUGUCCUUUGGUACUCGCACGCACGGAUACGGAGCCGGGGAAUUGUGA